CUGUUUCGGCCGAUUCAGAUCCAGAUCAGGAACCAGAUCACAUCAGAUCCGCACCGCCUACGUCAGCAAAUUCACGUUGCACAUCAGCAGUUUGGCCGGAAAAUUCGGCCCAAACUGAAGGAAAAUCCUAGCUCCCUGAAUCAAGUGCUCCACCUGCCAGAGCGAUGGCCAUCAAACCGGGACUCGGUCGCAAGACCAGCAACAAGAAUCCACCGAUCCUGAGCCACGAGUUCGUGAUCCAGAACCAUGCGGACAUCAUAUCGUGCGUGGCCAUGGUUUUCGUUGUGGGCCUAAUGAACGAAUCGACGGCGGCGUUCGCCAGUGCGUUCAUAUCGCUGCAUCAUAAUGUGAGCGGUGAGGAUCCGAGCAGGGAGCAGCCAUAUGGCAAGGCCUACACCUAUAUGGCGGGGAUCAAGGACUACUGUGCGAUAUUCUUCUACACGCUGACCUGCAUCAUCAUGCACGCGAUUAUCCAAGAGUUUGUGCUGGACAAGAUCAGCAAAAAGCUGCACCUGUCAAAGUUUAAGCUGGCCCGCUUCAACGAGUCCGGCCAGCUGGUGGCCUUCUAUUUGCUGUCCUUCGUCUGGGGCGCCCAUGUGCUGCUCAAGGAGGGCUACCUCGGCCAGGUGGCCCAGCUGUGGGAGGGCUUCCCCGACCACCCGAUGAGCUUCCUGCACAAGUUCUACUUUGUGGUGCAGCUGGCCUACUACCUGCACAUGCUGCCGGAGCUGUACUUCCAGAAGAUCAAGACCAAGGAGGAGCAGCAGCCCAAGAUCGUGCACUCGAUCAGCGGCUUCACCCUGAUUGUGCUGGCCUACACGCUGAGUUUCCAGCGCUUGGCCCUGGUGCUGCUGACGCUGCACUACUUCAGUGAGCUGUUGUCGCAUGUCUUCCAGCUGAUCGGCGUCUUCGAUCGCGAGGAACGUCUGGCCAAGCUGCGUGUGGUCAACAAUGGGGUCUUCUUCCUCAUCCGCUUUGCCACGUCGGUGAUCGGUGUGCUAACGCUGUACUACGGCAUUGGUGGUGUGAGAUCGCUGCUGGCGCUGGGCGGUCUGAUCGCCCUGCAGGGCUACCUAGUGUUCUCGUUCAUCACGGAGCAGCUGCGCGCCAAGCGGGAGGCCAAGAAGGAGGCCAAGCGCGAGGCCAAGCUGGCGCUGCAGACCAAGAAGCCGGCCAAGACGGCCAAGGACAAGGUCAAGCGCAAGAAGGAGAGCGAUCUGCCCGAGGCGGACCAAACCCAGUCGCCCAGUCCCGUCAAGCAGAAGCUCAAGUGAGGAGUCACCAAUGCGAAUGGCCACUCACACGCAGAGCAACAAAAUCUUCCGCACACUUCCAAUCCACAAAAGAAUGAGAUAUAUAUAUAUACAUAUAUAUGGAGCAGCAACAUGAACAGAUAUAUCUAUAUAUAGUGUAUAUCCACCAUUGUUUUGUAAAUCUCGUUUAGCUCAAAACAACUACACACUACUGCAAACGCAAACAUUUCUGCUGCAUUUACUUCCUCGAGACACACACACACAGAAAAAGCAACUAUUUUUCUUAGCCUAAAUGUUUUGUUUCAUUUUAAGUUUA